UUUCCUGCCUGAAUCAAUACCGUGGUUGAUAGCCACGGAGAAAUACUCGGAGGCGGAACAGGUUGCUAGAACAGCUGCAAAGAUCAACAGAAUCACCCUUCCCGACUCUCUGUUCUGUGCAAAAGUUACAGUUGUUGAUACAAGCAACGAGGCAAAGAGCCAGGAGGCUCUGGUCGUAGAAAAAACACAAACAAAGAAAUACACUCUGUUGGAUCUGUUUAAAACUCCCAAACUGAGACGUUAUACACUCAUCCUGUUGUAUCUCUGGGCAGCCAACAGCUUGAGUUACUUUGGUAUUUUAUUCUCCACACCAAAUCUCCAUGGUAACCUGUUCCUAAAUCUGGGUAUCAGUGGAGCUGUAGAGAUACCUGCUCUUUUUAUAUGCAUGUGGACUAUGCAAGUGUAUGGUCGAAGGAGACCUCAUAUAGUAUUUCUGCUUUUGUGUGGGGUUAUGAAUAUUACAACUAUAUUUGUUCCAGAUAAAACAGAUUCUGGUACUGACUUAUCUCCCCUGAUAAUUUUUCUGGCUAUGGUGGGAAAGUUUGGUAUAACAGCAUCCUACUCUGUGGCUUACCUGUAUUCAUCUGAAAUAUUCCCAACCGUUGUCAGGAAUCAUGCUGUUGGUCUGGCAUCAUUCUUCGAAAACAUUGGAGGCAUUGCGGCUCCUCUCAUUGUGUAUGCCGCAACCAGUGAAUCCAUGAAGAAAUUACCCCUAGUAAUAUUUGGUGUGAUCACCUUGGUGGCCGGAAUACUGUGUUUCUUCCUUCCUGAAACACAUCAAUGUCCUCUGCCAGAAACCAUCGAGGAGGUGGAAAAACUGAGUAAUAAAACAAGAAACAGGCGGAAACCAGACGGUACAAACACAAAUGAUGAUGAUGGUACACGACUGUAAUAUGACACACCAGAGAGUACAGAUUUUUGUUUGUUUCAUCAUUUCCUUAUCCCGGUCAGUGAUACAUUUCAUUGAACUUUCAUUGUUCAUGCAAUUAUUGAGGGUUAAUCAUAUUUGUUUCUAAUAAAUGAAGAAAUACUUUUGUGCUUUAGUAGGUAAGUGCUAAUUUGUUUAGAAUUUAAUCUGAUUUGAUAAGGGUUAAUCCAGAGUUAUUUGUUAACUGGAAGGGGUUACAUGGUGCUAGGUUGUUUGUGUAAACUAAUUAUGAUGCAGCCUCCUUAUUUUUUGACAUUUUCACUCAGUUUUUUAGCACGAUGGCUCCAUUGUAGCUUAUAGUGUGACCUCUGGUUUGAAAAGGAACCUUGUGGACAGGAUAUCUCAAGUUAUACAUUAUCGACUGUAAUCAAAGGUGGGGUGUCUAUUUGGGCCCUCUGGUAUUUAACUAUAUCACAGAUCAAUUGUAUUUUUGUAUAUAAAUACAUUGAAGUUAGAUGGUCAUGAUAAGACAUAAAAUUAAGGUCAGGUCAGAGGCCAAAUAGUGAUCGAUAAGGACAGGAUUGCUAUUUUUGAAGAAUUAAAAUAAGAUUAAUUUCUUCUGUGUCUACUGAUUGGCAAACACGUACAGUGCAUUCUGGGAAAAUAUAUGGCUGACUUAAGCUUCUCCACUUCAAAUUGAAAAGUAUUCUAUAUGAAAAGAAAGGUAUUUAGAUGAUGUUUAUUUAUUUUCCAAACUUAUUUAUGAUAUAGUAAAUGCUUUUUCAUUAUAUUUACCUAUGUCAGAUAUUUUAUAUUCCUUGGACAGCAUCUCAGUCGACUGCUAGGACUGAUCAAAUGCCGUGAUCUCUGCAUAUACUUUAUGUAUAUAUGUAUUUUUGUUGUGGGAGGUGACAAAAGGGGUUCCUUUAUCUUCAGAGUUUAUAUUUUUGAUACUAUUAGAUUAUUUACAGUUUAAUUUGAUAUGGUUUACAAAUACAUGUACCUAUGUACAUUUAUUGCAUAAUUACUAACAGUGCCAUAUGUUUUGCUUAUGACCUUUAAUUAUAAACAUGACACCAUUGAUAGCAAUAGACAUGAGGGAAUCUGUAUGAUCAUAGCCAAUAUGAUGAAAUUUUAGUUUUCAAGAAUGAAAUGGUCAAUGAAGGGGUGAUUCUUGGAAUUUUCAAAAAAAAGAAAAAAAAAGUUUUUUGUAUUAAAUGGCAAAAAUAAAGGAAUUUCAGUUUUCAAGAAUUUCUGGGAUUUGAUCUACAAACAUAUCUAUCAAAUUAUUUCAUAUCAGAUUUAUUAAGCUUGCCCUAGAUUUUUAAUUUCAAUUUACCAGAAUCUCCAUUCUAAAAGCAAAACAUUAUAUCCAUUCUUGUCAGAUUUCCCCCAGCGAUGUUUGGGUUGUUUGUCACAUUCUUAUCAAUCCCUAUCAAUCACAAUAUUUUCAGUGAAAAGGUAUAAUGAUUUAUUAUUUAAACAGGAUAACUUUCUGCAUGAUUAUGUUUAUUCCAGUCCAAUUUUACAAAGUUUAACAAUCAUUACUGUGGGAAUCUGAGUUCAUUGUAACUAUAUAUCACAUUAAAUGAUAUUAUAGCGUUUACACUGUCACAAAGUUUAUAAGGUGAAAUAGAAUGUACAUGUAUUUGUUUUCCUUGUACAAUGAUUUAACCUAGAUUUAUAUUGUGUGUUGUUGGUGAAGCAGAAGAUGCUUACCUGUAUAAAUGAGCAUUCUACAACACCUGGUCUCUUCUACAGCUACAGCUGCAGGAAUCACAAUGAUAUGGCAGUUUGAUGGUAUGUACACUCUGGACCUCAGAUUGACCCAAGACUUGGUGCAAAUUUGAAGUCCUUAAUUUGUGUAUAAUAUAACAGAGGUCAUCUAUAUCUAAUGUAAUAACUUAAGGCUGCAAGUCAGACUGGAGCUGUGUGAAUACAAUUUGGUGUCAUGCUGACAGGACUUAGUCCGUAUUAACUUUUCUGUACAUUCCACACAAUCCCAUAUUAGUUAUUUGCCUUAUUGACUGGUUUAUGACAUGUUGUGUAUUUAGUUACAAUGAGACAUUAUGUGAUAAUGUCCUGUUUUCUGUACAUGGAAUUACAUAUUCAUGUAACAAAACAUUAUCGUGAGAUGUAAUCUUGGAGUUCUUGUCUUUUUAUUCACAUGCUCUCUUAAGAUGUUACAUAUGAUGUUGCUGUCUUCUUGGCAGGAUUUGUUAUAUUACAUGAAAAUGUAUUGCCAACAUUACCACAUAAUUGUUUCAUAAGUGUGUUUAUAAAGUAUGUUUGAUGAUCCCAUUGAUAUGAUUAAUGUUAUAAGUAGUUAUAUACAAUGUACUACUAUUACAGAUUUAUCCAUUUAUUUCUACAAUCUAUAUACAUGUAUAUGCACAGAUACAGAAAUGAUCUGUCUCCAUUCCUGGUGAUUAUUACAUAUUUUCACUAAAUUACAUUAGUGCUUGUGCUGUGAAUUGUUUUGCUCAGAAUCUUUUUCCUUUUAAACCAUUGUAUGUCUGCAAUAAUUAGAUAAUCAAUGUGUGGGUGUUCGAAUUGUAGUCAAGGUUUUGUUGUUAGAUGCUGCAACUAUAAUAAAUUUUGGAUAUAUUACA